GAUCAGAGUAUCGCCAGUCACAGGUAUGACAGCGUAAGAAGGUGAGAGCAGACGGCGCAGGGUGUACAGGCAGUGGCGGACAGAUUCGGUGGUACUUCCGUUGCCUAAAGGGGAGGGGUGCGGAUUAGUGGGGGUGGACUGUGGGAUUUGCGACUACGCUAUAAAUGGCCGCAUACCAGAGUACACCAAGAUGUUCAUCCGCUUGGUUGCCAUGAUGAUGUCGUGAUUAAUAACGAUAUUCGCGAUUUUGAAUGGUGACGCUGAAGAACCGAUGAGCGAGGCGCGCGGACCGAGAUUGUGCCGAUCGUGCUCAAAGUAACUCUCUCUCGCUCUGUUCAAAAGACCCUGCGCAAGUUUCCGACUCUUUUGCGCUUUUGCACACACACACACACACACACACACACACUUACACAAUACUCGUCAAUUCUCCCAACCCCUCUUGAGAUAUGUCCAACGAAGACAAGGCGCGCGCGGCAGCAGCGCAGUUGGUAAUUGACGAUGAACCCGAUGACUGGGACAAGCGUAUCUUCAGCACCGGCUGCGCAGACGAGAAUGCAAAACUGACAGACUGCUACUACGACAAGAAAGACUGGCGAGCGUGCAAGCAGGAGAUGGAGGUCUUCCGACAAUGCUGGCAGCGUCAUGGCAACGAUAAGAGGACUGAUUCCAAAGAUGCUUCAUAAGUAGAGGGAGAGAGAGAAAAAGCAAUCUCGGUUUUGCGCACAAGCCGAUUGUAAGAUCAAGUUGUAUGUUAUUAGCAAAAAUGG